UAUUGGUCUAGGUCCGUAUGACACGUGCACGGGGAGCAGGAGUCGGAGGCAGUGUGUUUGUGAAAAGAAGGGAGUGAGAGAGAAAGAGAGGGAGACCGUUACAAAAAAAGAGAGUGUUUGUUUGCGUGAGAGUCAGAGAGUAGCAGAGAGAGAGAGAGAGAGAGAGAGUAAGAGAGGGAGGGAGAGAAAGGAAGAGCAGAAGCGAGCCAGAUAGAAAGAGAGAUCGAGGGUGUGAGGGAGAGAAAGGGAGAGGGGGAGGGAGAAGGAGGAAGAGUGAGAGGGAAAGAGAGGGCGAGGGGAAAAAGAGCGAGAGAAAAACAGUGAGAGAAGGAGCGCGGGUCGGAGGGGAGGCUGAGUGUUGGUUUCACCUCCUGAUCGGUUUCCCUUGGAGAUCUGUCAUCGACUGCAGUGGAGGAGCAUUAGAGGGAGCAGGUACGGGAAGGGGAGAGGACGCUGUUACAUCUCAGCUCCGUGACUUCACCCGCACAUCUCUUCACCCAUCCAGCCAUCCAGAGGAGGAUCAGCGGACGAGUGUGGAGCGGUUCUCCGCCAUACAUGCCCAAGGCACAGCAACAGAGCGGCGCUGGUUGCCAGGAGACAGCUGCAGACUGAAGCCAUGGAGACGCCCCUCUGCACCCCACACAACAUCCAGAUCUGCGAGGUGACCUGCGACUCGUUCCGCAUUGGGUGGGACAUGACCCCGGAGGACACGGCGCGUGCCACACACUUCUUCAUCGACCUGAGCCGCAAGGAGAGCCGCGACCCCAACCGCUUCAAACACAGGGACGUGCCGACCAAGCUGGUGGCCAAAGCGGUGCCCCUCCCCAUGGCCGUGAGAGGCCACUGGUUCCUGAGCCCCCGGACGGAGUACUGCGUUGCGGUGCAGACCGCCAUCAGACAGGCCGACGGCGACUACCAGGUCUCAGAGUGGAGUCAGGUGGUGGAGUUCUGCACAGGAGAUUACGCCAUGGAGCAUCUGCAGCAGCUGCUGGACAAGGCCUCUGGCUCCACCGGGAGGCUGCUGAAGUUCUCUGUGUUCUACCGCAACCAGCACCCGGACUACUUUGAAAACGUCAGAAGCGAGUGCGGAGGACUCAUGCGACCUUCACUGAAGGACAACAGCGGGAGUCACGGCUCCCCCAUCAACGGCAAGCUGAGCGGGGUCUUCCUCAGCUGCAACACCGAGUUCGACACGGGCCUCCCCCCUAAGGACUCCCCCUACGGGUCCCUGCGCUUCCAGGUCCCCGCAGGAAGCCUGCUGGACGCCAACACCAGCCUCUACUUCGCGGACUUCUACUGCAUGUACACGGCGUACCACUACGUGGUGCUGGUGCUGGCCCCCGGCGGCUCAGACGGGGACAACUUCUGCCGCGGUCGGCUGCCCAAGCUGGACCUCUCGUCCAACCCCUUCCUGACGUGCAUCGCCCCCGAGGCGCCGGGGGAGGAGCCCCUGUUCUGCCACGCCAGCGACGUGAUCCUGGAGGUGCUGUACACGGAGCCGCUGCAUCUGGAGACAGGCACGGUGGAGCAGAUCAGCGGGCACCACCAGCUCAUGAGUCUGACCACGGCCAACGCCAAGAAGGACCCCAGCUGCAAGGUGUGCAACAUCAGCGUAGGGCGCUGAGUGGACACAGUAGGCGGACACAGUAGCAUGGGAGGGCGGGUCUACUGUCUGCACUCUACCACUGAACAAUGCCCAGGGCUGGUGGUGGCAGAGCCCGUACUGAAUAGUGUGAAACACUGGGAACACGAUUAGAACGGAGCCCAAAAGGUUCCCCGUGGACCUCUUUGUCUUCCCAGACUAGAACGGUUUAUGUUUACAUUGUGUAAUGCACUUCCCUGCGUCCUUCUGGCUGCUCCUAUACCACUGGUAUUAUACAUGUCUACCUGUGUGACUCUUUAGUCAUGUCAGAACUAGGCUUUAUGUAAGAUCAUUAUUGUACUUUUCUUUUUACCACUUUCACAAUUAUUUAAGACCUCUGCUUUUGAUUUAGAAAUUUGCAUUGAUGUGUUGCCCCUUGCACCUGCUGUAUAUUCAUGUUGUAAUGUAAAAUCACGUGGGUUAUAAACACUCCAAACUUUGAGGAACCAGGAAUGCAUAUUUCAAUUCAUAAUUAUAGUUAUAUAUAUAUAGUCAUUCUUCUUCAUUCUUCAUAUUCACUGUAAUGGGAAUGACCCACAUCCUCAUUUUAUUCAUGCCAUAACAGCUGGGAUUCCGUUCUGUAGUUUAUGAGGAAAUUUAAACUGCUAGUGUUUUAAUUUUAUAAAUCCUCAUCCUCAUCCUAAAAACCUCUUAUCCGGGGUCGGGUCGUGGACGCAGCAGCUGUAGCAGGGGUCUCCAGUCUUCCCUUUCCCGUGCCACGUUGACCAGCUCUGAUGGGGGGAUCCCGAGGCGCUCCCAGGCCACUGUUGAGAUAUAAUCUAAGCAGAGGAGCAGCGGCUCUACUCUGAGUUCCUCACGGAUGGCUGAGCUUCUCAACCUAUCUCUAAAGGAGAUGCCAGCCACCCUCCUGAUAAAACCCAGUUUGUCCUUGUGCCCGCAUUCUCGUUCUUAUUAUAAACAGGCCUAACCAUUAGGCUAAUCACACUCACACCUGGUGGUAUAAUAUGUCCCCUUUAACCAUAGUUCAUGAAUUGAAUAGAUAAUGGUUAUUUAUAAUAAGAACGAGAAUGUGGGUACAAGGACAAAUCUGUAUAAUAUGUCCCCUUUAAGAAACAACUUGCAGUCAUUAAAGAUAAUCUCUAUAAAAAUCACAAAAGUAAAAUACAGUCAUAAACGUUUCAUUACCCACUCAAGCCAAUGGAAGCAGUAGUCAGUUAUUUUUUUGUUUUUAGACUUUAUCCUCUUUAUUGUAGAGUGAGAUAAACCAGAAGGUAUGAGAGAUGGAGUGGAAGACAUGCAGCAAAGUACCACGGCUAGGAAUCGAACCCCGGUCGCUGCAGUAAGGACUGGGCCUUAAUGGUUCGAGCUCUACCCGGUGAACCCUCGGGGCACCCAGUCAGUAUUUUCUUUAAUUGAAGCUCAUUAUCAUUUAAUUCAGUGGUCGCUUCAGUAGUUUAUGCGUGGCGUGGCAGUCCUGCCUGGACACCGAUGGGAGCUCACGCAGAUGAGCACGCCGUAGUUCUGUCCCUCGUUGUUGUCCCAGAACGGCUGGCUGUGCCCGUCGGGCAGAUAGCUCAAGCAGAACUCGAUCCUUUUCUUGGCGUCGAGCACUUUUGGCACGGGGACGAUGAACUCAAAGAUGUCCGUCUGCGGGCCGCCGUACCGUGUCGGCAAGUACGUGCAGGGCACGUCUCUGUAGCUCUGCCAGGAAUCGAACGUGACGCGUAUGCGCACAUCCUUGUGGAGGCUGACAUUCUUGACUCGCGCCGUGCCCCGCAGGACAGCCGACUCCGUAAGGACGGCGCAGCUCUCCAGCACCACCAUGUCCCGGGCCAGCCGGCUUCGGAGCGCCUGGAAGUCCGCUGACGGCUGGGGGAAGUCCAGCUGAAGCCUCGUCCCUGGGCAGCAGGUGGCAACCGUGCAGCUGUAGCAUUCGUCCGUCGACAGGACGGGCUUGAUGACGGCUCCCAGCCGCUGGAGCGAGGGCGGGGGGCCCGGG